AUGUUUACUGUGUGCAUAUAUGUGUUGUUUCCAACGUCGUCCACGGCAGCGCUGUUUCCAUAUACCGUUGCUGCAACAUUUGAUAAUCUAAAUCAAUCUCGAAAUUUUCUCAAUAAUUCCGCAUCUUAUCCAUUCUCAGGAUACACAACAGCAACAUUGAUACCAACGGGUGAAGCACAAGCUGCAUUUUUUAGCUAUCCGAAUACAAAUAUUUCUACACGAAAUUAUUUUCAUCAACAAUAUCCUAAUUUUCAACCAUCUAAUACAGCUGCUGUAGCAGCCGCUACUUUUCUUUCUGGUAGUAACAUUUUAAAAAAUACUGAUAUCACCGGUAUUUCACUUAAUAAUACUAGUAAUAAACGUAAAUCAUCAACGAUUUACGGUACUGUAUCGGAUAGUAAAUUAUAUCGUGGCAAUCAUUUUGCUAUCAUUUCUGAAUCAUCACCAUCAUCAACAUCAUCUCUAACACCUGUAAAUUCAAAAAAAACGUGUCUGAAACUUGACGAUAGCACAUUUUCCGAUAACAUAUCGGAAAUUACUCCAACAGCUCAUACUUUUGCAGCCGCAUGUAUGGCUGCAUCACCUAUAAGACCGAUAAUUGGUCAGCAGCAACAUUCGUCACAACAACAGCUUAUCAUUCCUACUGAUAUUAGCAAUCGUCAUCAGUGUCGUAAUCAUCAUCAUCAUCAUCAUCAUCCGCAUCAUUAUCAUUCUCAUCGUCAUUCAAACGCUAACGCCAACAACGAACAAUCAUCACGAAUUGCUGUUGCAUCAUCAACUGCUAUCAAUUUACAAGAAUCUGUCUGCAACAGACGACAACAUUCAUCGAUGGAUCAGAUGCGACAUUCGCAACAAUCACAAUCACAACAAUCACAAUCACAACAAGAUCCUCAGGAACAAAUGGCAUCAAAUCUGUUAGUUUUGGGUAACGGUUCAACAGCUACCGGUACCGCUCCAAUUAGUGCAUCCGCAUUGGAUAUUUCCGCAUGUACGCAACAACAACCAAAUUCGGUGCUACGUGUUAUCAUUGAAAAUAUGCUAUAUCCGCUUAGUGAAGCGAAUAGUGCCCAAUUAGCGCGACAAUCAUUGGAUGGUCAAAAUGUUUACAAUGGAUGUUGUUGUCUUCGUAUUGAUUACAGCAAACUUGCUACACUUAAUGUUAAAUACAAUAAUGAUAAAAGUCGAGAUUAUACUAAUCCAAAUUUACCAUCCGGUGAAUUAACUCUUGAACAACAGCUUAGUCUUGUAUCAGCGGCAACAGGUGGACAAAUGGGCCCGGCAAUUGCAUCACUUGUGCAAUCACCGUUUGCAUUUCCGUUUGGUGCAACAAAUCCACAAUAUGCUUUUCAACAACAAGCUGCCGCAUUUCCGCAAGCUGAUGCAUUAGCAUCACCAACCGGAAUUUCACCAUUUCUUACUGGUUUAACAACAACUCUUGCAUCCGGUGCAACAAGUCCGGUAACAGCUAAUGCGGCAAUGAUUAAUGCUACCGCAGCGGCACUUCGUUUUCCGCAUGUCAAUGUUCUGAAUAUGUCAUCCGUUGUGCUUGUCUCCAAUCUAAAUGAAAAUGUUGGUGUAUAUGGUGAUGUACAUCGAGUUAAAAUUCUUUUCAAUAAAAAAGACAAUGCUUUAAUACAAUAUGCUGAACCACAACAGGCACAACUUGGUUCGUAA